GGGUGCCUUAGUUUAAAUUAAUGUCAACCUUCCUCCUCGCCGGGAGAGCAAACCCAGCGCAGAUAGCGAAAGUACGUGCUCAGCGCAACUUGCGAGCCGCUCCACACACUUUAACAUGGCUCGGCGGCCGAGAAACAGUGUUUACAGUAGUGAGGAGGAUGAGGAGGAGACUGAGAUGUAUGAACACGAUUAUGAUGGAUCACUGGCCAAGGCAGGGAAACGCCACCUCGGCAAAACACGCUGGACACGAGAAGAGGACGAGAAGUUGAAGAAACUUGUUGAGCUUCAUGGAUCAGAAGACUGGAAACUCAUUGCAAGCUUAUUAACUAAUCGUACAGAUGUGCAGUGUCAGCACAGAUGGCAGAAGGUGCUGAACCCAGAACUCAUCAAAGGGCCCUGGACUAAAGAGGAGGACCAGAGGGUGAUUGAACUGGUCCAGAAGUAUGGAGCCAAGCGCUGGUCGGUGAUCGCCAAGCACCUCAAGGGGCGAAUUGGCAAGCAGUGCCGUGAGCGCUGGCACAACCACCUGAACCCGGAGGUGAAGAAGACAUCGUGGACUGAGGAGGAGGACCGAAUCAUCUACCAGGCACACGAGAAGCUGGGCAAUCGUUGGGCCGAAAUCGCAAAGCUGCUGCCUGGCAGGACUGACAACGCUAUAAAGAACCACUGGAAUUCCACCAUGAGGCGAAAGGUGGAACAGGAGGGCUACCUUCAGAACACAUCAAAGAACAGCAACUCUUCACUCUCCAUUGGCCAUGGCUACGUCAAGACCAACAAUCAUAUCAUGGGUUUCCCCAACCACUCACCCAGUCAAGCGCAGCUGCCUCCCUUGUCGCCACUCAACUACACCUACAUCUCCAACACACACAGAGUGCCCUUCCCCAUGGCCUUGCAUCUGAACAUCCUGAACAUUCCCCAGCAUGGAACCGCUGCUAUACAGAGACACUAUAGUGAGGAGGACCCUGAGAAGGAGCAGAGGGUGAAAGAGAUCGAACUGCUGCUCAUGUCAACAGAAAAUGAGCUGAGAGGCCAGCCAUCACUACCAAUGAAUUUGCCCUACACGAACUGGACCAGCCAGAGCUCCAUGACCAACAGCUCAGAGGGUGUGGCCAUGUCGUUACCUCAUCACCAGGCAGCUGCCCCUGCCCUCCCUCUCGACCAGAGCUGCCUACCAGAGGAGAGCGCCUCCGCAACACGUGCCCGCGGCAACAACAACAGCAGCAACAAUAACAACAACAGCAGCAACAGUCACCACAGUAGCCCAACGUUCUCAAAUACUAUCCCAGAGUUUGUGGAAUCUGUCAUUGAUUCAUUCCUCAACCACCCAAUGAGCCCAGAACACUCCGACGACAGUUUACAGAUGAACUCACCUGUGGACUCCAAGCCUCUGAUAGACCACACUGCCAGGCCUCAGAAAGAGAAUGAAAUGUUCCGAACUCCAAACAUUUGUCGUUCCAUCCUGGAGUCAUCACCUCGCACACCCACACCUUUCAGGUCAGCUCUGGCCCUGCAGGAAGCCAAGUAUGGACCCCUCAAACUGCUGAACACCCCUAUCGAGCAGCAGAUGGUCAACUCCAUCAAGCAGGAGCCGAUGGAGUGUGCCAUUGAGCAGCCUCCACUGAAGAAGAUAAAACAAGAGGUGGAGUCCCCAUGUGAGAGGAGCCCAUGUAUGCAGUGGGAAGCACAAGAGCUUCACACACAGCUCUUCUCCCCCAACGGCCCUGCACAAGAAGUACCAGACCUACUUACCAGCUCAUUACUGAGUGAAGAUGGACACAAAACCUAUUUCCCCCGCCGAGCUAUGGGCAGCCCACUACAGCAGCUCAGUACCUGGGAGCAGGCGACCUGUGGGAAAACAGAGGAACACGUUUUGGCCUCAGAGCAGAGCCACAAGUACAUCAACACUUACCCUACGAGGACACUGGUCAUGUAGACAGAGGCACAUGUUGAUCUGGAAACAUCAACAUUCCCUGCGCUGGACGCAGCGCGGUGGGUUUCAUAUUUGUUGUGGUACAACAGUUGGGAGAGGCUCUAUGCCACUAGUGUUUUUACACUCACACUUGUUGGAUUUCAACCAACCAAAGACUAUAACUUUUUUUUUUUAUAUCGUAUACAUAGAAUUUGCUUUGGGUUUUUAUAAAUGUUCGUCCUUUCACUUUUGGUCUUGUCAUUGUAUUAUUAUGAAUGUUGUAUUAUAAAUGGGAUAUGGUGGCUAUAUAAUUUGCAUUGGGCUGUAUUAUUAAUUCCGAAUUUUGAUAUUAAUAUAAAGAACAAGUUGAUUAAUUUAUUUCUUUUGUUUUUAUUAUGACUUUGUUAAUGUUUUUUUUCUUUUUUUUUACAAUUGGCAAGUGGAGCAGUGUUGUAAGUUAAGUAUUUAAGCCCUAUUAGCAUUAUCAUAUAUCCAAACGCAUAUUAAUGAAUUCAAAACUGACCUCUGAAACGUUUCUGUUGCUUUCUCUUUUAAAUAUGAUAUAAUGGGUCUGCUGAGAAUUUCAAGUGUUUGCUCUGUGCCACCACAUGUAAACACUUAACUACUACUAACUACUGAACAAGAACAGCUGUGUCUGUUCUGUCAUCAUUAUUCAACUUAUGAUUUACAAUGUUUUUCACAGUAUAAGGGGCCAGCCUUAUUAGUAUUAUGUGAUUACCACAUUGGCGCCUUUAUUUAAAAAAAAAAAAAUCAUUUCAACUUAAUGUUUCUGGUCUUCAAAGUAUCAUGUAUGGGGAAACAUACAAUAAGCAAUCACAUUUCUUAAAUUUUAAGAACACACUCACACUCACACACACACACACACACACACACACACACAUAUAUAUAUAUAUAUAUAUGAAUGCUACAUUCUUAAAUGUGCUGUUAUGUUUGGAACCAUGAGCUUGCACCCAGUAAGACUAAGACCAACCUGCACGUGAAUUUUAUAUUCUCCAUAAAAAUGCCUGGGUACUAAACACUGAUAUUUUAUAUUAUGCUACAAACAAACACCAGAUUGAUACUUUUGUAUGGGUGUUGCUUCUAAACAUUUGUUUGAAUACUUUUGUAUUGUUUUAUAAUGCAUAUUCAAUCAGCAUUUUGUUUUCAUACUAAGACUGCAGUAGCCCAUGUCAAACACUUAGCAAACAAUCUUUUUUUAUACGUUGCGUUGUUUUAUACGAGCUUUUGAGCUUAAACAAUUUUAUAAAAGCAUUUAUACAUGCCAAGUUUUGAUGUUUUUUUAUACUUUUCUAAACUGCCUAGUAAAUAAAGUGUGUUUUUCGUA